AUGGUCAGUCCUGAUGGCCCAUUUGCUCGGACGGGACUCGCGCCCGUGGCACUCAGGACAUUAGAGGCCGAUAUUAACUCAAACAACUUUAUUCCUUCGCGUUCAGUCAAGCAGCCCACAUCCUUUCCUGGCACAUCUUCAUCCUGUGCUCACUCCUCUUUCGCAUCUCCAGCUUUCUCGCCCUCUUCCCCGAACAUACAACUCAAACCGGUGAGCCCCCACACAGCAGUUCCAUGCGCCUGGGCCGUGACCGAAGUUAAUGGAAGACCAAUCAGUCUUUUCAGCAAGAGAGACGAAGUGAGCUUAAGCUGGCACCUAAUUAAUGCCUUUUUAAUUGUCUUGCCAACAGGGCACUUGACCAAAGUGCUUCGAUAUAUUUUCUUCCCUGCUUCAAUGAAAGCGAAACGUUAA